AUGGCUCCCAGGAAGGAAAAGACGGAAAGGGGCGAAAAGAGUGCUCCCAGCGAGGACGGCUCGACGAUGAUUCUGAAGUAUCUCCGUAAGUAUCUGCUGUUUUGCGUGCCUCCAGGGAGAUGGGCAAUUGAUAUCAGUGCAAACCUGCACAACAAAGUGACUAAAGCAUAUACGGUCAAAGCAUUAAAGGGCUUGCAUGAGCGAAAGCUGCUCGAGUGCAGAGUCUCAGGAAAACAAAUGGUCUACCACGUGGUUCAAGACACUGCCAACGAGGCAACACCAGAAGAACUUGCAGCUAUGGAUGAAAAGAUCACAUCUUUCAGGGAGCAACUCGAAGUUGCCAAAGGACAGGAAAAGGCACUCAAAACGGAGCUUGCCGUGCUGAAUUCCCGUGUCUCAAGCACAGAGCUUCUCGCGCAAAUCAACCAGUUAGAGGUCAGGAGGGGUAUACUUAACGAUCAGCUUACCCAGCUCAGCAAGGAGACGGUUACGGGCAGGACAGUAACGGAGGAAGAAAGCCGCCGGAUCCAUAGAGACUGGACAGCGUGGAAGAGACACGCUUCUCUUCGCAAGCAGGCCUGUCGAGAAACGUGGUUGAAAUGCACGGAAGUCCUGCCUGAUACCGUCAAGAGCAAGGAUGAGCUCUGGGAGUCGCUGGGGAUGGAAGGAGAGCUGUAG